AAACAACAACUUAUAUUAACGUUCAGAUUGUUCUAAAACCUUAAUUGUUUGCUAAUUAUUCAAGUGCUUCACUUUAUAUUUUUCUAUGGGUUCUUUUGUUCUUUAUGUUUUGAGCUUCCUGUGAUGUAGAUGAGUUAGAAGAUGGUGUAUUUUGAAGUGGGUAUGAGUGUAUUUGGUGUUUGAUUAUUGUGUUGAGUGUAAUUUGUUUGAUUUCGAUUUAAUUCAUGGCAUUUUAGCUUUAUGUGGAAUUUAAGUUAUUAACUUGUUUGCAGAUUAUUAGAUAAGAAAAUUGGACACCUUGUAAAGCUCACUAUUGAAUAAUGAAUUUUAGCAUCUUUUUUCUCGAGGUCAUUUGUUAGAUUCUGGAUAAAUUUUAACUACAAUAGGCUAACAGACCUCAAACAAACAUCCUUUUAUGCGACAGAAAAUUCUUACUAUGAUAAGUUCAGUUCAGAAACAUUGCAUUAGGUGCUUUCCAUGAAGAUUUUGACUGUCCAGAGGAGGGGCACCGACACCAUGCUUUACACCUAUAUUAAUAAAGCUUCAUAGUAUACUGCAUUCAACAAAACAACAGUCAAACAGAAUUUUUGGAAAACAUCAUUUGCUCAAUUAAGAGCUUGGGUAAAAACUUGCAUGAACUUGAGCAGAUGCCUUUGGGCAGUUCAGCAACAUCUGGAAUAUUUGGUCCUGAAACUGCAUGUGUUGUAUGCAUUGUUGUGGGUUGCCUGCUAGUUCCGGUUGUGCUAAAAAAGAGAUUAUAUUAAUCCUUUCAAGAAAUCUAGCUUUUUCUAGUAAAAACCAAAGAAAUCGCAUCUCAUUGAUACUUCCAAUAAACCCAUGUAUCACAACUUCUUUUAGAGAAUAAUGCAGACAUUUGAAUAUUGAAUUCUGUGUCUCCCAAUAAGUCUGCUCUUCAAUGUCAGAAUUGUCAAGAACAUCCUCUUGGAACUCAUCCUGUGAAAGAACGAAUAAGAUAAAGAUGUUAAAAGGUUAGUGGCAUUUUAAGACACCAUUACAUAUCCAAUGUGGAACUUAGGAAUGCUCACCCAAAUGACAUUUUCUGGUUCAUGCAUAUGCAAGGUUAGAGUAUCUAAAUUUGGGGAACUCCUUAACAAACAAGUUAUGCCAGGAAAUUCUUGAUUUGCUAGGCCUACGGCCAAACAUAAGUGCUUAAGAUUAUCGAAGGCAUUUGCCAAGCGUUCUAGUGAAUUGUUACCUGCAGGUAGAACCUUCAAGGGAAACAAAACCAGAAGUUUGAGGCAGCAAUGAACUUAAAAUGAGUGAUGAUAGUUAAAAUGAAAUUUGUGUACCUGAAUGCACCAAGUAGUUAGUGUCAGAGAUUGGCAAUGCAUUAAACCAUUCGUAAGUGAUCCCAGAGCUUCUCCUUGUAUAUGGUCUGCAUGUAUCUCAGUGAUGCCAACAAAUACAUCUAGAAGUUGAGUUGCAUUCCGAAUAUGGGUUUUCAUGAGGUAACUUUCAAUUAUUGUUAGGCUCAGCAGGCAUGGAGUCGAUAGAUCCAUAGAGUAAAUUGGCCACACAUGUGUUUCACGGUUGACCACUGACAAUUUUUUGAUCAUUAUGUUUUCAUUACUCACCAAAAAAUUUGCAGGAAUGAGACAGUUUUCCAGGUUCACAUCUUGUAGAAGAGGACUUUUGGAUGCUAGCCCAGCUAGCGAGGAGUCAAAGAUUUCUACUUGGAAUAGAGAUAACUUCUGAAGGGAUUCAAAAACUUGAAAGCUAGAUGAUCUAAAAUUGCAGAAGUUCAGCAUUAAAGUUUUCAAUACUUUGGGUGAAAAACUGCCAUGAGGUAUUUCAUAUAAUUCAGUAAGGUCUCUGGGUCCAUAAAGUUGUCCAUCGGAGAAGUCCAAGAAAAGCUGUCUGAUUUCAUUUUCAAAAGCAAAGUUAACCCAGCUAUUGAUCUUCUGAGUGUAUCCUUAUACCUCAUGCACUUCAAAUUGGAACAAUAACAGCAAGUCAUUGAUUGUACAACUAGAAAGGAGCAGGAAAGAUUGAUCCACAAACUAUAUGAAUUUCUCUUGCGAGUCAUGUAUCAAUUGAUAUAGGCAUCGAAUAUAAUUACAGGUACUUGCAAAAUUGCCAAUUUGAGGAAGCUGCAGAAGUUGUAGAUCUUUUCAGAGUAUACUCCUUGUCAUCACUAUCUCAUUGAAAUUUAGGCUUUGUGGAACCACCGAAAAGAAAUUUGCUACAAUAUGUUUCCACCGCUUUGACACUAGGCUCAUUACAAUCAAUUCUUUCUGAGGCAGAAACGAGAGGAUUUGGAAUAAAAUUGCUUCAGGUUGGAUUAAGUCAGUGGACUAUAAACUGCGCUGUGCAGCAUGGAACUCCCAUCUUCAGAAGUAAAAGAGACAUUAUUUUUGUAAAAGAAAUAUCCACUGGAGCAAACCACGCAGCUAAAGGAAAACUUUUUCACAUUUCGCGCAAUGGAGCUUCUCUGCAACGCAUACUCGACCACUUCAGACGACGAACCUGAACCUGAUUCCGAACCCAAAUCAAAACCCGUAUCUAGAAAUCCCUUAUUUCCUCCAUCAAAAAGACCCAAACCUGAAUCCUCUUAUCCCCUCGUGGAGCACAGUUCCGUGUCUCUUCCAGACCAGCGCUACUCAAAUCUUCAUAAUGAAGUUCCGGUUGCUGGCAGAUACGUAUCAAAGAGAGAGCGAGCGCUCUCUGGUGCAAUUGUGUCGACAGUUCUUGAACAAGGCCAGAGCCAGAACCCGGCGGCACAACUGUACCUCAACCAGGUAGUAAUGGGAAGCAUUUCAGAUUCGGAUAUACCACGUGAUAUUUUAUCAUCAUUGAGGCAUCACCCCAAGGGCAUUGUACAACAAAACAAAUUAUCUGGAAGGCUAUUUUCAACCCUUUGUUGUCAUACGAAGGCUGUAAAUACAAUACAAUGGUCACCAACUUAUGCUCAUCUUCUUGCUUCUGCUGGGAUGGAUCACUCAAUCUGCAUAUGGAAUGUGUGGAGCAGACAUCAGAAGUUAGCACGUGCUCUUAGCUUCCACGAUGCAGCAGUCAAUGAUGUAAAGUGGUCUCCACAGGGACUUUCUGUUCUUUCUUGUGGCCAUGAUAGCUCAUUGAGGUUAAUUGAUGUUGAAAAGGGGAUAGAGAUACAGAACUUUAAGGAGGAACAAGUGAUAAGAGUUAUAAAGUUCCAUCCUAACAACCCCAACCUCUUUCUUUCCGGGGGAUCAAAGGGCUCUCUCAAAUUGUGGGAUAUUAGAAGGGGCAAUGUGGUACAUGAAUAUAUUCGAGGUUUGGGUCCAAUUCUUGAUGUUGAAUUUUCCAUCAAUGGGAGGCAAUUUAUCUCUUCCAGUGAUGUUUCGGGAGUCAAUAUGAGUGAAAAUUCUGUUAUUGUUUGGGAUAUCUUGCGAGAGAUUCCAUUGUCUAAUCAGGUUUAUGUGGAAGCUUAUACGUGUCCCUGUAUUAGGCACCACCCAUUUGAUCCCUAUUUCGUUGCACAGUCAAACGGAAAUUAUAUAGCAAUUUUUUCUUCAAGUCCUCCUUUCAGGCUUGACAAGUACCGGAGAUAUGAAAACCAUGGGGUAUCUGGGUUCCCAAUCAAGUGCAAUUUCAGCUUGGAUGGAGAAAAGCUUGUGUCAGGCUCCUCAGAUGGUUUUAUUUACGUAUACAACUGUAGAUCUACAAAGCUUGAUAGAAAAAUCAAAGCGCAUGAGCAGGCUUGCGUAGACGUCGCUAUCCAUCCCAUUUUGCCAAACAUAAUCGCAUCAUGUAGUUGGCAUGGAGAUAUUUCAGUAUUUGAAUGAGACAGCUUAUCCAACUUUUGAGCAACAGAUUUUGUUUCUGGGCCUUUUGGUAACUUCCUUUGGCAACGAUGCGACAGAUAUGCCCAUCUCAUCUGUAAGCCACAUUACUUCUUUAAUGCAAGUGAAACUUUGCUCUACUUUUGCAAACAAAUUCCAGAAGUUCUCAGUUUCUUCCAUUUUAAUGCUCUUAUACAUCAUACCUAUUGAGGAAAAUGUCAAUCAAGAAGUGGACAUCAACAGCAAAUAUGAACCGGUUGAAGUGUAACACUGAAUUAUGAGGAAUAAUGCUGUCACUAUUCUAUUUUAAGUUAGUGUCUUUUAGGUGAAUGAUUUUGUGAUUACCGCUCAAGCUGAUGGCAUUUUGAUUGAUACCCUUCUGAAAUAAACUGAGAUUUAGAGUUUUA